AUGGCAAUAGACUCUAGAUCUACCUGUCCUCGUGAAAUCAGAUGUGACACGGAACAGGACAGGAUUCGCGAUCUUUCAAGAUACUACUGUACAUUCGAACAAGACCCUCAAUCAGCAAACAGUCCCCGCCUUUCUCCUGAUCCUACGUUGACUGCGCUCACGCAACUUGGAGUCUAUCGUUUUGGAUGCAACCGUUCUUUCGUUUCAAUAAUUGAUGGCGAACAGCAACAUCUCAUCUCCGAAGCAACCGCCUCAGUCUCUUUGCGCAAUGGAGACAACCACCUUCCCAAUGACGGAAUCUACCUCGGCGUCCGGACGCUCGACCUGGAAUGGGGUGUGUGCCCUCAUGCCAUUCGUCUUUUCACAGGACAGGAUUCGUCGAAGAUAAUGGACACCGAAAACAUAACCGCCAACCGAACCCGCAAUAUAAUCCGUGAUUUUACCUCGGAAGAUUUCUAUAAAGAUCGUCCUUACGUCCAAAACUGGCCAUACUUCCGUUUCUAUGCUGAAGUGCCCCUAUACAGCCCAUCCGGGUAUGUGCUAGGCUCAUAUUGUGUUGUCGACAAUAAGGCACGAACAGAGUUCGGAGAUGAGGAAGUCGCGGCUUUACAAGAGAUUGCAGAUGCCAUCUCCCAGCAUCUUGAGAAUAUUCGGAUUGUUCAUUAUAACCAACGGGAAGAAAGUUUGGUGAAAGGCUUAACCAGUUUCGUUAAAGGCAGCAUGGAACCUGACCGCGCUGAUAUUUUCAACCGACUUGCAGAGUCACGAGAAAAACUGAGUCUUCAAAAUAUGACCUCCUCGGAUAGCGGAAUUCACACUGAUGAGACGAGUGCAUUUCUUUCAACGAAUCAGUCCAGCAGUGAUGAGUCCGUCUUAAAUCAAGGAUCUUCAAUGACGCAAGAAGAUGGGACCUUUUCCCUUUUCUCAGAUGCAAAAGACUCGGGGAUGACACAACCUACUACUCAACCAUCUUCGCUUGCCCCGGGAUCACCAGAAUCAACAGAACUGUUAACAUAUGACGAGGACUCUCCUUACGCAACGAUGGAAGACGUAUCCAUCGCUGAACAUUUGGCUGCGAUCUUCUCUCGCGCCGCUAAUCUCCUCAAAUCGUCGAUGGAUCUGGACGGAGUAGUGUUUCUUGACGCUCGUCAGAGUGACUCGCAAUUUGACCUCCCCGAUAGUUCUGCGAACAAAAGUGUUUCCUCAACCUCCAGGCACUUGGAUUCCUUGAACGACCCUUGGGACUGUCUUGAGGGCAACCGAACUACCGAAGAUCCGCCAGAUAGUGCGAAAAACCUCUGUCGGCCCUUGAACCAUGAUACAAGCAUGCCACCCAUCGAUAAACCUUGCCCAGAACCUCAGCUCGCUCUAUCAGAAAACAUUCUUCGGAUUUUGAUCAAGAAUUUCCCAAAUGGCCACACAUUCGACGUGAAAGAUGGGACCGACACUCUGCAAGACAAGGUUUCCCGCCUGCUUGCACAUAACCUACCAGAUGCGAAAUCAGUACUUUUUAUUCCACUGUGGGACUGGAAUAAAUCACGUUGGUUAGCUGGAACGCUAGUCUGGACGAAUGACCACCGCCGCCCAUUGGGUAUCGAAGAACUGCAUUACUUCAAAGUUUUUGGUGAUUCUAUCAUUUCCGAGGUCUCAAGGGUGCACUGGAACGCAACUGAGAAGUCAAAAUUUGACUUCGUAUCAUCUAUAAGCCACGAGCUUCGCUCUCCGCUUCACGGGAUACUUGGAAGCACAGAAUUGGUGCAAUCUUUGCCGCUCCAGCCCUCUCAGCAUGAUAUGAUAAAAAUGAUAGAAAGAUCAGGCCUGACCCUGUUGGACACGAUUGAUCAUCUGCUUGAGUAUUGCAAGAUAAACGACCUGGUGACUAAAAGUUCAGGUGAAUCGAGAGCCAUGAAAAAUGGAGACUCCGACUUUGACCUUGGCAUACUAGUCGAAGAGGUAGCGACCGUUCUUUGCGCUGGCCAACAAUCGCAAUAUGACACCAAUAUCCCGGAUGUAAUGUCUCCAUCUGGGCCUAGCGCAGAUGUGCAUGACCGACUUCAUAGUCAAAGUGCUAAAGCUCCGGUCAUAAUACGACUUGAGCAACUCGAUUCCUGGAUGGUGCGAUCCGCGGUCGGUGCUUGGAAAAGAAUACUGAUGAACAUUAUCGGUAACGCAAUGAAAUGGACUAAGAGCGGCCUCAUCGAGGUGACACUGUCAAAAGUGAGACCUGAAAGUCGCCACGGCUCUCCCUUUGCCAAUGUAUGUGUCCGAGAUACCGGCUGUGGGAUUUCACGCGACUUUCUUAAGGACAUGCUUUUUUCUCCGUUCGCUCAGGAGGACCCACUAGCGCCGGGUGUUGGACUUGGCCUCAACAUCGCACGCAGAUUGGCCAUGUCCCUUGGAGGCAAUAUUAACGUCAAAAGUGAAAUGGGCGCAGGCACCCAAGUCGAUAUUCUUAUUCCUGUUACGAUUGCUCAAUCCGCCGAAUCAGCGGAUCCUCAUUCAUCGAUCACAGACACUCUCGUUCCACCACCAUUGAUCAAGGCAUCUAUAAUUGGAUUACAGCUUCACCCAGAGGUGGAUGAAGUGCCGACGGGAAUUUUAAGCGUAAAUGCAAAACGGAACUUAUCCAUUCGCAAUGCGCUCAUGGACGUGUUCACGACAAAACUGGGCUGGCAACUGUCACCACGAAAGUUUUCCGACAGAAUGCAUGGGGAUGUCUCGAUCAUCGAGGAAGCAGACCUUAGCCACAUGUUAAUCGAAGGGUCACUACCUCUAACUGGCUCUCAGGGCGUUCGAGAUUUCUUUAUUGUCCUCGGCGAUAAGACAUCGUUGUUGACUGGUGAUCUACCUGCAAAUAUUAUCCGCGUUCCACCGCCGUUCGGACCUCGGAGUCUCCAUGACGCCGCUGAAAGAUUUCUCAACCUUUUCAAGGCAUCGAUGCACUUGGACCCGACGGAUCUGGCUCCCAUUUCCACCCUGUCAAUGAACCAUCCGGAAAUAUCAACUCCAACGGCAGAUCGAAUCUCCUUGAAAAUAGUUGACUCUUCCCUAACCGGGUACAACUCGACACAAUCUCCUCCUCUCGAUCCCCCUGAGUUCUUUGCCCCUCAACUAGAGUGUUCACGAGAAACCAUCAAUGUACUGAUUGUGGAUGAUAACGACAUCAAUCUCAAGAUUAUGUCUACAUUUAUACGCAAAAUUGGCUUCCAAUACGACACAGCUUCGAAUGGACUCAUAGCUCUUGAGAAGUAUAGGAAUUCUAAUCAACGAUAUGUCUUCGUCUUGAUGGAUAUAUCUAUGCCCGUAAUGGACGGAUUGGUUGCGACAAGGAAGAUACGCGAAUACGAAAUGAUCAACGGAUUCAAUCCAGCCUGCAUCAUGGCUGUUACGGCUGUUGCCUCUAAUGAGACACGGGAGGCAGCGUUAAAGGCAGGUGUCGAUGACUUUUUGGUCAAACCGUUGUCUCUUGCAAGACUUCGUGAAUUGAUGCGGUGUUGA